AGGAGCAGGCUCAGGCUCAAACUUCCAUGUGGGCUUGCCUCGACAUGCUGCAUCAUUCGGGCAGCAAUGGUAUUCGGUCGGCAAGGGCGGGGUCCCGCCAUGCUGAGGACAACGUGCCUGUCCCCGAGUCUGGAUCCGUUGACGACGUAACGUCGGACAGGACCAGCAACGAGACGGAGGACAGAAACAGCAUGGAGACAGAGGCAGGAGGUUAUAGUGUCGCCGGCAAUGACACUAAGACGAUGGACGCCUCCUCGUCUGGGGGGUCGACUGGUUACCAGUCGUCCUGGCCGACGCGCAGUGGCACCCAGAACAGUGACGAGGACUCGGGGUGGCCGCGCGCGGACGAGUCCCAGCAGUCGAAGCAGCUGAUGACGGCGAGGAUGCUCGAAGACCUGGCCUCUUCGACCACGACGGCCGCUUCGGCUCCGACGCGCAAGAGCACCCGGGUGCGCAGGAGACACAGCCGCGCCAAGCUGGAGACCAGCGCAUCCCUGGAGGGCGGCGUGCACACGCUGAUGCUCCGCCAGAUCCCGCGGCACUACACGCAGCUCAUGUUCCUGGCCGACUUCUCGUGCCGCGGCUUCCUGGGGCUGGUGGACUUCAUCUAUUUCCAGUUCGACGCCAGGAAGGGCAAGAACGUGGGCUACGGUUUCAUCUCGGCGACGCGGCACGCCUCGGCGUUCCUCCGGCAGCUGGACGGGGCGUGCCUGGGCGCGGAGGCGCCGGGGCAGGGCCAGCCGCUGCGCAUCCACCCCGCGGCGGUCCAGGGCUACGAGCAGAACUUCGAGCACUUCGCUCAGACGCGCGUCGGCGCCAAGUCGGACCCGCAGUUCACCCCGCUCUUCAUGCCGCACGGGUCCUUCGCCGGGCUCCCCCAGGAUCGAGGUCCAGAAGGAGCUGAUGGCCCUGCUGCGCUCCCUGGGCGCGCGGCAGCCGCUGGGCCGUCCGCGGGCGGCGCCGGCCGAGGAGCGGAGGCCAGCGAUCAGCCUGUCGCACCACGUGGGCGGCGCGCCGGGCCCGCCCGGGCCGUCGCGCGAGCCGAGGACGCUCGCGCAGGAGCGGCGAUGCUGCUGCUGGCGGAGCCCGUGCCCAGAAGACUCCGCCGCGGCCAGCGCGCCCUGCGCCGGGGCGUCUCCACCGCGGAGGGCGCCCUCGUGCCAGGUGGGGCCGCCGCCCGGGCUGCUGCUCCCCGUGGGGUGGCCGCCCACAUGCCUGGCGUGCGGCGCUUCCAUGGUUGGACCAGCUCGCUUCUGCUCCCGCUGCAGCGGGCCUGCGCUCCCGCUGGAAGAGCGCUUGCCGCGGGCGCAGCGGUGCCCCCCAGUUCCAGAUGGCCGACUCCGAUCCAACGAGGAGAGAUGAUGAGCGCCUAUCAGCUGCUGGAGGAGAGGAAGUUGAACCUGCUGAAGGACCUGAGCUCGCCCUCGUGCACGAGAGGCAGCACCAGACCCUCGUGAGCUCAAUGCGGGGCUCCGUGUAAAGCAGCUCGCCCCUGCCGCUGCUGGCGGGCGCGCCCGACACCCGGGGUUGCCGCCGGACCCCGAGCAAGAGCGGUGCCCUGCCCCGCUCCGACCAGCGCGGGCGGGGCUGACGGUGCGAGGCGGCCGGCUUCAGCAUGGCCUGGACGUGGCCGCGCCGCUGUCUCUCUGGUUGCGGAUAGCCGCCGGCGCCACGUGAGUUUUUGACGGGUUCAAGGGUUGCCCCACCCGAGUCUGCUGCAAUCGCGCAUGUUCCUUUAAGCCUGUUUGUAUGCCUUCCACGGUCGUGGAUCACUGCGUGGGGACGCGUCGGAGUUCCCGCCACGCUUCCUGCACAUGCUAGAUGUCAAAAGGUGCGAUCGGCAUGAACACGUUUUUCUCAUACAGCCGUGAGCGAGACUGUGAAGUUUGAUGGUAGCGCGGGGCGGUUAGCCUUCGUGCACUUUUUAUAGAAACUUGCCGACUGGCCCCAUGUGGUUACGCCGUGUGGCUCAGCGACCGCCAUCGUUCGUAUAUCUUGCUGGAGGGAUUCAAGCAGUGUGCACCAGGCGAUCAAAGCCACAUGCGCCGACUGUUUUUUGCACAGACGGUGGUUCUGAGACAUCUUUGCCCUGCUGGGCUUGCGAGCUGUUCGCGCUGCCUGGCUGAGGUUUAUCGUCGUGUGUGUAUGUUCGGGAUCUCUGUGCUUGCCUUGCCUCGGUGCCGACUCCUGCACCGAGCGCCGCACGGCGAAGGGCCACCGGACCUGGCCGGUCGGCCGACGGAGGGGCUCCUUCUUGCCCGCCUCCGGGAGCAGGGCCUCCCCCCCGCGGGACGCUGCUCGCUCUUGGACGCUCUCGGGCGCUCUCCGCUGGGCAGGGCGUGCGCUGCAGAGACCGCGCUCCUCUCGAGCGGCUCGGUGCCCGCCCUUCUCACUUUCCCCUCGGGCUCGCCGUCGAGCAGAGCUCGUGACUGUGCGCGCCGCCAGUUUCGUUUCGGGAGAGGAU